AUGUGAGGGAAUAAAUAAAUGAUUAAGGGAAUAAAUGAAUAAGUGAGUAAAUAAAUAAAUGAAUAAGUGAGUAAAUAAAUAAAUGAAUAAGUGAGGGAAUAAAUAAAUAAGUGAAGGAAUAAAUAAGUAAAUGAAUGUGAGGGAAUAAAUAAAUAAAGGAGUGAGGGAAUAAAUGAAUGAUUGAAGGAACUAAUGAAUGGGUGAGGGAUUACAUAAAUGAGUGAGUGAUGGAGUAAGUAAAUGAAUGAGUGAGUCAGUAAAUGAGUGAGUGAGGGAAUUAGGCUCUAUGCCCCACUAAACUACUUUGGAAUCAACCGGAACAUGAACGUUAUAAAUCAGCACCCAGCCACACUAAUGCUGACAUCUUUUGAGUGAACGGGCACAAAUUCCCACACACACACUUCAAAGUCUGUUUUAAUACCGAUUGUUUUUGAAAUAGGACAUCGACAAGCUCACGGUCAGGCGUCCAAAUACUUUUGGAGUGUUAACGUGUGUUAGGAGUGUCGGGCGUCGCAGCUUCUGAGAUUAAGCGUAAAAUAUUUAAUGAUGUGACCAGAUAAUUUUGCCCACCUGACUCGUCGCCCCCUAGUGUGCAGGUAGUGUAAGAGAGGAAAGCGGUGAGGGGGGGUGUGAAUACUUUUUCACGCUGUGCUGCUGUGAUCAUGUGAUCUUUAUAUUUGAUGUGUUGUAGGUGACGUGAGCUGAAGAUGAAGGUGCUGAGGGGCUUUUAUGGGUCGAAGCGAUGUUGGCGGAGGCUGGAGUUGGCCGCUCUGGUCACCAUGACGAUUUUGUGCUUGCUGAUGUUUUUCCGAAGCAACACGCAGGACCAGACCGUGAAGCUCUCCAGAAAAGGGAGGAAGGAAGUAGCCGAGGCUCGGACCGCGCCGACCGUCCCGACGUCGCCCCCGGCGCCGCCACCGACGCUACCGCCAACGCCAAAAUGCGAAAGAAACGAAUCGGCCUUCAACAUCAGCGGGUUUUCCUCUCUACCCGGGAACAUCCAGGACUUCCUGUUAUACAAGCACUGCCGGGACUUCCCCAUACUGCUGGACGUCCCCAGAAAGUGCGGAGGGGCGCGGAACUCCGGGAACAUCUUCCUCCUCCUGGUCAUCAAGAGUUCGCCGGCGAAUUACGAGCGGCGGGCGGUCCUGCGCAAGACCUGGGCGGCGGAGAGACUCCAGAGCGGGAAGUGGAUCCGGACCGUCUUCAUAUCCGGCACCAGCGGCAAAGGGUUCGAGAAGGAGCGGCUGAAUAAACUGCUGGAGAUCGAGAACCGGGAGCACCGGGACGUCCUGCAGUGGGAUUUCGACGACUCCUUUUACAACCUGACGCUGAAGCAGAUGCUGUUCCUCAGCUGGAUGGAGCGGCGCUGCCCGGACGCCCGCUUCCUCCUGAACGGCGACGACGACAUCUUCGCCAACACCAACAACGUGGUGGAGUUCCUCAAGGGCCUGGAUGACGACCAAGGGAGCCGGCACCUGUUCGUCGGGCAUCUGAUCUACAACGUGGGGCCCAUCCGAGACCCCGGGAGCAAGUACUUCAUCCCGGUCCAGGUCCAGGAGUCGGAGCGGUACCCUCCGUACUGCGGCGGCGGCGGCUUCCUGCUCUCGCUCUUCACCGCCAGGACCAUCCACAACCAGUCGCGCUCCAUCGGCCUGCUGCCCAUCGACGACGUCUACAUGGGCAUGUGCCUGGAGAGGGCGGGGCUCAGGCCCGAGCCUCACAUGGGCAUCAGGCUGACCGGCCUGCGCGUGCCCUCCGAGAAUGUGGACUCGUACAACCCCUGCUUCUACCGCGAGAUCCUGCUGGUCCACCGCUUCAUCCCGCACCAGAUCUUCUUCAUGUGGCACGAGGUCAACCGCAAAGACCUGAACUGUAGCGUCACGCUGUAGGUGCCGCGCGGCCUCGGGGACGCGGGUUUGUUACUGACUGACUGCGAUCUGAAAUUCUGACCUCCUUGUUUAUUGCUUUAUUGGUUGCACUAAAUUAUUCGCAUUUAUUUCCCAAUUUAGUCAUAGCCCAUUACCCUUCUGCUGCUGGGGGGGGGGGGUAAAUUCCCCUGACACACACCCUCCGAUACGCCCGCGCUCCACCGACCCCUUCUUAUGCCCCCGUACUUCGGUGGAUUGGCGCGUGAGGCCAGUCUCCCUCAUCUCCACGUUCCUCCACUUCUGUACAGGCGCCUUGGACUACUAACCAGGGUCCUUACAUGGCCUCAAAGACCACGCCCACUUCAUUUUUUUUGUCACGUCUUUUCCCACCCAGCCGUCUGCAAUGCCGAUCGCUAGCAGAGCUGAGGUUCGGAAUCCCAGAAUAUCCCGCCACGCUACUCAUUUGUAAAUUAGAGCUGCGCAUUCCGGCCACUAGGGGGCAGCGUGAACAUAACGAACUUUACGUACAUUAGGAGUGUAAACUCUACACUCCGCUUUUGGUUCCUAGAUAAUCGUUCUUAUUUAUUUUUAUACUGUUUUUUUUAAUCGGGACGAUCGACAGGCCAGCAGUCAGGCGUCCGAAUACUUUUGGCCGUGAGCAGUGUGAUUAGUGAUAUUUUAUUAGACUGUUUCUGUAGAGACGUUCAAACUGGACGCUGAUACUGGUGUGGGAGAACUGAACUGGUUUUAUAAAGGAAUAAUUUCACUCUCAGGUACUUUCAGGUUUUCUCUGAUGUUUCAUAAAUCAUGUUUAUAAUUAUUAUCUGAUUAAUAAAGAAUAAAGAAUCAUCUAGAAA